AUGUCGGGCACGACCACGCCGCAGCCAUGCUCAUCGUCACAGUCGUCGUCGUCGCCCUCGUCGUCGCCCUCGCGACGCCGCUGGUGCAUAAAGCUCAAGCUGCCAAACAGGGACCGCACCCUCGUCGACAGUGUACGCCGGUGGCCCUGCUUGCGUCCCAGUGCGUGGGUGGAGGCAGAGGCCGCAGAGGCGGAACCCCCAGACGCGACCGUACUCGAGGCACCACUCGUUGCGGCGCUCGUGGUGGUGGCUUCGGGCCCGUGCGCCACUGCCAUUCCCAACCCCAACCCGAGCCCCAGGCCCACGCCCGCGCCCGCGCCGCCCAACCCCGCCGCCGGACUCGAGCUGCGGCUCGCCCCCGCGCGUGCACGGCCCCCUUCGUCGGCCGCUAGUGGCGCGCACGAGGGUGUCGAUACGGGCGGCGGCGGCGUGUACGGCGUGUACGGUGUGUACGGUGUGUACGGCGUGUAG